CUUACCUUGCAGACUCACGUAUACGAAGCAGUCUGAUAUCGACAGAAAUGCUUCUAUCCGCCUAAGACUCCGCUCUUUUCCUUGGCCGCCAUGUCGGACGCCCGCCCUCGGUUGGCUUUGUCACGGUACCGUCCGAUUCUCUACCUCCUCUCCGGUGUCGCAGCAGCCUACGCAAUCGUCUACAUACGGCAACACCUCCUUCACCCCGGGGACACUGGCGCUAAUACUUCUCCUGGUGGCUCACGUCUACAUCGCCGCCGCGCUGUGCGCCGCCAGCGACGCAACAACAGCAGUAACAACGAACUCCCCGAUGAGUCCUUCGCCGCCGCGGCGGACACUCCCUCAUCGCGGGCCAUCGCGCACCUCGAACAACUCGAGCGCCACAAUGGUGUCUAUGGAACCUUCCGCAUCGAGACCGAAGAUGGCCGCCGCGUGGAAAGCGGCCUCCUCCCAUCUCUCCUAGCGACGCGAGACCAGCUCAUGGAGCAGGUCGGGGUGCCCCAGGACCACGCCGAGCGGAUGCGGGAGAUGAUGGAAGAUACCUUCUUGGAGUCUUUCCUCGCGCUGGAUUUCCCCUCCAGUCACCGUCUGGACGAAGGCAGUCCCGAGCGGGAGUAUCUGAUCGAGCAACUCCAGCGGCGGGGGAUCUCGCGCGCGGGCAUCGAGCGGGCCCUGGUUCGGUUCAACGCGGACGAUAACUACGGAGCGGAUCUGCGACGACGGCGGCAGAAUGGCGAGCGAGUCACGCUUUCGACGUCAAGCUUCCCGUACGAGACUGAGGAAGGCCAGUCGCCCAUGACCGGGGUGCACAAUGCUCCGCUGGCGGACGGCGGGGAUGAGACGGUCGUGGAUGACCAGAGCGUGUUCUCGUGGCGCGACGGCGCGGAACACAACAAUGAAGCGGCGCCGAUGCGCGAUGGCCAGAACCUGCUGAAUCUGCUGUAUCACAUCGCGGAGGACCAGGCGAGGAGGGAUGGGUAUAUUCACCGCGGGGUGACGUGUAAUAGCUGCGGUGCGAUGCCGAUCCAGGGCAUCCGGUAUCGAUGUGCGAACUGUAUCGAUUAUGACCUGUGUGAGACGUGUGAAGCCAUGCAAGUCCAUAUCAAGACGCACAUGUUCUACAAGGUGCGCAUCCCCGCGCCAUUCCUUGGCAGUCCACGUCAGUCGCAGCCGGUGUGGUAUCCAGGGAAGCCCACGAUGAUGCCGCGCAGCUUGCCGAGAUCGUUGUUCAAGCGGCUGAUGAAGGAAACUGGGUUCGAGAACACCGAGUUGGACGCGCUAUGGGAUCAGUUCCGGUGCCUGGCAAAUCACGAAUGGGAGGACGAUCCGAACAAGGUGUAUAUGGCAAUCGACCGGAAGACUUUUGAUCGGUGCUUCGUGCCGAACACUUCUCUCAGGCCACCGCCCCCGAGCUUGAUUUAUGAUCGCAUGUUCGCGUUCUACGACACUAACAAUGACGGGCUAAUUGGCCUGGAGGAAUUCCUGAAGGGCAUCGCGAGUCUGAACAAUAAGAGCAAUGACGAACGGCUUCGCCGUGUCUUCCGGGGCUAUGAUAUUGAUGGUGAUGGCUUCGUUGAGAGGAAGGAUUUCUUGCGGAUUUUCCGAGCUUACUACGCCCUCAGCAGGGAGUUGACUAGGGAUAUGGUUGCCGGCUUGGAGGAUGAUUUCCUGGAAGGCAGCGCUCGGGAUGUUGUUCUUGGAAGCCAACCGAUCAGCUCAGCAUUUCCUGGUAGCAUUCCAAAUGGGGAAUCUUCACGGACGGGUGAGGGGAAGCGAGUCAAUCAUGACGGAGAUCUCGAGAUUGUCGACAAUGAGGGCGUGCUUCGUCUCGAUGGGGCGGAUACUGGCGACCGCUACUCGGUGAUUGGUGAUGCUGCCGUUCGAAGCUAUUAUGGCGUCACGCGGCCGGUGUUGCCGACGACGCGCCACUCUGUUCCCGGUUCUGCCCAAGCUUCUGGAAGCCAACCGAGAAGAGAGACAAAUGUAGAAGAAGCCGGGGCUGCAGCUGAUGAUGCGUCCAGUUCGUCUGGAGCCAGCGACCGCUGGCCUCCUCCGGAGCACAUCCGCAAUGAGGACAUUGUCAGUGCUCUCGGAGCGUAUGUUCCAGUCCAUGAGAUCACAGAUCCUGUUGAUCGGGCUCGCAUCGGCACGGCCGUGUAUAACAGGAUGUAUGCUACAGACCAAGUUCGUCUCCACGUCACCCGCCGAAUGGGAGUUCAUGAUCGAUGGAGACGGCGAGGAUUCUACACAGACGAAGAGGAUGGCGCCACCGCCCCUGUUGGCUAUCAAAGCGAUAUGGACGCGGCUAGCUCAGAUGAAGAGGAAGAUAACGAGGGUGAUGAAUCACACGCAGCCGCCUCGGAGUCACACCCGCCGUCACCUCGUUCUCGGUCCUCGUCCAAAGUGCGAUUCCAGGAUGACCUGACGGACGACUACGACGUGAGAUCAAACCCAUCGACCUCAUCGCGAAGCAUUCUCGUGAGUGAGCGAUGGGGCGGCUUCGAAGUUCCUGAAGUGGAAAGAGACGUCGGAAAGGAGAUCUUGUAUCAAGUCACACAACAAGGGUUCAACGAGUUGCUUGACAUCCUUUUCAAGCAGAAGGAGGAUCUACUAAUGGAGGUUUACGAGACUCGUGCCGAGCGUAAAAUAUGGGCCCGUGAGAUUGAACUUACAGAACAGAUGGAGCAUGGUAAACAGGCAGCUCAAGACCUUCCCAUCGUGCAGCCGGAAUCUGAAGCCGAUGAGGACGCCGAGGAGGAGGAGGAGGAGGAGGAGGAGGGAGCAGAGGCAGCCAUGCAGAGCAUGCUCCGUGACAGUUCGCUCGACGACCUCCUCCAACGGGCCGGGUACGCCGUUGAGGGACUAGAUAACGUGCAGGCUUUGGCGCCUCCGACGCCAGACUUGCAUAUCCCUGAUGACCCGGACUGGAUACCGCCUCACGCAAUCUCUCCCUCCUCGCCCUCCCUCUCUGCCUCCUCUGUUGCCUCCGAAGCAGCAGCAGCAGCAGCAGAGAGUAGGCCUUCGUCCGCCGCGGCAUCAUACUACGAUCCCACACUUCCCCACCACCGUCCCAACGAGGAAGACCUCCUCGCGACCACAACCACAAGUACCUUCCACCAAACCACCAGCCGCGGCCCAUCCCCAUCACCGGCUCUCCUCUCCCGCCACCGCACCGACCUCCCCACCGAGCUGCGUCUCGACCCCACCGGCUCAACCUCCUUUCCAGCGCCCACCUCGCACCUAUCCGCCUCCCCCGACGCCGAGGCCACCGCCCCCAAACUCUCCCCGUCGCCCAUCCAACCCCUGCCCCCACCGUCCGCCACCCUCCCGAAACGACCCAGUCCGACCCUGCCCCCGUCGCCGGUCACGCUGUCGCGCUGGGCGUACUUGAACAAGAUCGAGCGCGAGGCCAAGGAGCGCGGCGGCAGCGGCGCGAAGCUUAACUUCGAGGAGUUUGCGCAGCGCAUGGCGAUGGAUCGCGGCCGCACCUUGGCGUUCGUUGCGAGUUGGAUUGAGAUGGCGAGUUUUUAG